GCAGAGAAAUCUCCUGAACCGUUUUGACACCAACCUUUGUUUACAAACUAAAUUCUAGAAUUUGAGUAGAUUUGAAUAAUGUUUUUUAAGUUUUAAGCACUAUGAAUUAAUUUAAGAAAAAUCUUGUUGCAGUGCAUUGCAAGACUAGUUUCAAUAAAUUGUGUUGUGGAUUCAAACAUUUGAAAUGAUUGAGCUAAAGAAAAUUGAAGAAUCAUGGAUGUCAUUAGAUUCAAUGCGUGAUGUCUUUAGAUUAGUGCAAGAUAAAUCAUUAAUAAAAUUUCUUGAUAUCACUUGGCAUAUUUGGCUGUGGCAUUGUGGAUCAUCAAUUUUCAUUCAUGGGAUUUGUGGAUUAAUUUGUUUUUAUUUAUUAAGGAAACACAAAUUUGGACGUUUAUUCUCAAUACUCAUUUUAAUUUGGGGUGUUUUAUCUCCAAUUACUGCUGGAUUGAUUUCUUCAAUUUUCAUUGCAUGGGUGCAAAGCAACAGUAUUGUCCCCAUAUCACCACUUGUGGCAUUAUGCUGGGGUGUUGGACAGACUUUAUUCGGAAUUUUCCUCGGAGUGACCAGAAUUUUAGCUACACUAUAAACUUCUCAUUCAUCUAGUCAUUAAGUUUAUCAUUAUAUAAAAUAAUCAAUAAGUAAAUAAAACAUUCAAUUAGUCAUUUUGUUUGAAUCUUAA